CCUGAUUCGGCCCGGGAGGGAUCUGCUACACACUGGCACCUGACGCCAAGGAAAUGCUGUGAUUCUUGUUGUUUUUUUUUCCUUCAAAGAGAAAAUUAGGUCGUUAAAGAGUUGAGGAAAGUUUCCUACCAACUCCAGAAAUAACGGUGAAUGAAUAUAAAGAAAAUGGAAAUAGUGCUUAUACUUCUUUGAGACCAAUACAUACUACAACUUCAGGGAAAACAGCUGAGGUUUAUCUCUCUCCAUUUUCACUCAGCAAUUCCAAGCUAGCACUAUUUAAGUUGUCCACAUCUCCGUUUGAAAGUAAUUCUAACAAUGCGGUGGCUCGCGAGAAGACUGACGGGAAGAAAACUUGUAGAGAGGCUUUAACGUCAAAGAUGAAGGCUGUAUCUUCCAAGACAGAGUCCCUUCUGCUGAAGCCACCUGUGGAUGCCGAACGGGAGCCGAGACCCAGGAGCACAGCAGAGUCGGCGGCUCUCUGUGUAGACAUGGGGAGCAGUGGUGAAGACAGUGCACCCGGCCUGGAUGAGUUUUCAGGAUUGUCACCUUAUGAAAGGAAGAGAUUGAAGAACAUCAGAGAGAAUGCAAACUUUUUUGCUUCCCUUCAGUUAUCUGAGUCAGCUGCAAGGCUCCGUGGAAUGAUAAAGAAGAGACAGCCUCCUGAAUCAAAAAGAAAGAGGCCUAAGAAGAAAGAAAAUGAGAUUGGGUGUCGAAGAUCCAUGCGAUUAUUAAAAGUAGACCCUUCGGGAGUUUCAUUGCCGGAAGCUCCAACACAGCCAACGUUAGAAGAAGAAGAAAAUCCUUUGUUACCUCCUGGACCCUUAGAAAUGAUUCCUGAAAACCAAGAUGACAGCAAUGAACUGUUCAAAGCUUCUUUGAAGACAUGGGCAGAGAUGAGCAAGACAAAUAAUGAGAGAACCGCGGAGAGGCUGUCUAGCAUUAAAAGCUACAAAGCCAAUUUAAGUGACAUGGUUAUCAGUGAAGCUACUGUUCGUAAAGUGACAAGAGGUGCGAUCACCUCUGUAGCUCUCCAUCCAUCAGAAGUGAGAACCUUGGUAGCAGCUGGGGCCAAGUCUGGGCAAAUCGGACUUUGGGAUUUGACCAGGCAGUGUGAAGAUGGGGUAUAUGCUUUUUAUCCCCACAGUCAGCCGGUUAGCUGUCUUUACUUCUCACCCGCCAAUCCAGCCCACCUUCUGUCACUGAGCUAUGAUGGCACAUUGCGAUGUGGGGAUUUCUCCAGUGCUGUUUUUGAAGAGGUGUACAGAAACGAAGGAAGCAGCCCCUCCUCCUUUGACUUCUUGGCAGAAGAUGCUUCUACUUUGCUAGUGGGACACUGGGAUGGACAUUUGUCACUGGUAGAUAGACGGACACCUGGAACUUCAUAUGAGAAAUUUUUUAAUUCAUCUUUGGGAAAAAUAAGAACUGUUCAUGUCCAUCCAGUAUCCAGGCAGUAUUUUAUCACAGCAGGAUUAAGGGAUGUUCAUAUUUAUGAUGUGAGGUGCCUGAAUUUGAGGGGAAGCCAGCCUUUGAUCUCUUUGGCUGAGCAUUCGAAGAGCAUUGCCUCUGCAUAUUUUUCACCUGUUACUGGUAACAGAGUGGUGACCACAUGUGCCGACUGUAAGCUGAGAGUGUUUGACAGCAGCUCUAUAUCGACCCAGAUUCCUCUCCUUACCACCAUCAGGCAUAACACUAUCACUGGGAGAUGGCUAACGAGGUUCCAAGCUGUGUGGGACCCUAAACAAGAAGAUUGCUUCAUAGUUGGCAGUAUGGCCCACCCACGGCGGGUGGAAAUCCUCCAUGAGACGGGAAAGAGUGUGCGUUCUCUUUUGGGAGAAUGUCUUGUAUCUGUGUGUUCCCUCAAUGUUAUGCACCCUACCCGCUAUGUUCUGGCUGGAGGUAAUUCCAGUGGGAGGUUACAUGUUUUUAUGCGUCAAGAAAGCUUCUGAGCUAUAGGGUAGGUUCAACAAUUUGCUCAAAUUGUUGUGUGGCAAAGGAACCUCGUGGUUCUCUCGGCUUAGUGCAUCUGUUUGCUAAUGCAGUAACUGCAACAUUGCUUUCUCAGUGAGACUGAGUAUUAGCACAGGAGGUAGUAUUAGCACAGGAGGAACUUGAAGGCCAUCACUGGAGGGACCUGAAGCAGAACCUGGGAUGCUCUUAGCACUUUGAGCCAGGGCCUUGUGUAGCCCAGGCUGGCCUCAGUCUCUGGAGCCUCUUGCCUCCACCACCUAAGUGCUAAGAUUACAGGCAUGCACCACUCCACUCAGCGUCUUUCAACACUUUUAAUUAGGCUGUAUUUUGAGAAAUUCUAUCAAAUUAUAAAGCUUUGCGUGGUCAGUAUUAACUUUUAUGUAAUGAGACCAUUUUGAUUCAAUAGUGAUCUAUAGAUAUGAUUUAUUUUAUAGUUUGGGAUGGAUACUUAUUUUUCACACUGGGAUAGGUCCCAAAAGAUCAUCUAAGUCUAAUUAUGAAAUAUGACUAGACCCCAGGGACUGUCACAUGUUAGGCAUGUAUUCCAUUAUUGACCCACACCCCACCUUUAAACCUUAGUUGUUUUGCUUUGUCGUUUUUGGGACUGUGUUUUGCUCUGUAGCUCAGGUUUGAGCUUUAGUUCUCCUGCCUCACUUUUCCAAAUUCUAGGACUACUGGUGUGUACUACCCAGCCAGAACUUAGUUUUGUAAGCUAAGAGCCUUUUUUUUUUUUUUUGAAUUUGAGUUUGAAAUUAAGAAACUUUAGUCUUCAAAGUAAUGUAACUUAGAAAUGAGGUUAAAGGGGUUAAAGACCACACAAAAGAGACAAAUCAGACAGACACAGAAAUAGGCAGACAGAGGGUUAGUGAUGUGGAUCUGUGAUGACCUCACUUCUAAGGUGGAGAAGCUAAGAGCCUUUUUUGGGGUUCUUGUAUCUCAGUUACAUGAAAUCCCACAGUUUUCUUUGGGAAAGUUGGUUUCUGUGAUGAAGGCCUGCGUCUGCAUGCCUGGAGUCUUGUCUGCCUUCUUCCUCUGGGCAGCUCCAGCAAUGAGCUGGGACUGCAGUGUUUGAACUUGCACCAUUAUCCUAUAUUCAAGUGUAUAACUGUGUACUGCUAACUGUGGUAGCUUUUCACAUGAAAUUCGUAAUCCCAGCAGGAGAGUCAGGACUCCAGGCUACACCUGGCUCUCCUUCCUUCACCCCCAAUUAGUAAAGCACAGAAAGCAGAAUUGGGAUUUUUUAAUAGAAUAUUUUAAAAUAAAACUUAGUUUCAUAUGGUGUAUGUUUAUGUAUAUUCUGCUAAAUCAGUGGCUUGGUGUCACAGUGUAACAUGUAUCCAACCUUUCCUAUGUUACUUGCCAAAGUUACUACUGAAAGACCUAUAAAUAGCUUAGGCCAUGUGUUUGGAUUGCAAGAGGGAAUACUCAUAUGUCACAGAAAUAAAGUAUGAAAGUAUGAA